AUGGCUUCUACUACCCAGCACGUUUCGAAAUUUACCAAGUUCAUGAACUCGGAGACGGGUCCAAGGACAGUCCACUUUUGGGCCCCAGUGUUUAAAUGGGCAUUAGUUAUUGCUGGAAUAAAUGAUUUACAAAGACCGGUUGAGAAAAUGAGCGGUACUCAACAAAUAGCUUUGUUUGCCACAGGUGCUAUAUGGACUAGAUGGGCUGGAUUUGUGAUCCAACCAAGAAACUUUUUAUUGGCUUCAGUGAAUUUCUUUUUGGGGGGUGUUGCUGGCUAUCAAUUGAUAAGAAUUACUCAGUAUAGGCGCAAUUUGGGAGACUCGCCGAUGCAGGUUUUCAAGUACAUCAUAGGAGGAGAACCGGCCCAAAAUCAACAAGUCCUGGCUGAACAUGUUGACAAUGUUAAGAAUUAG